AUGCUCAACAUUCUGAUGUCAAUGACAAAGGAGGGCGCCUCCGAUGGGCCGCAGUUCGUCGCUCCCGCAAAGACCAGUCGCGAUACGCUCAUCACCACUGCAUAUCGACUACAUCGUACCAGGUGGAGGAUUCUGGAGCCGUACAGACGUAUCAAGAACUCGCUGAAAAAGCUUCAAGAGGAUUAUCUCAAAUCAAAGGAGGCGAAUGCGUUGAUGAGAUAUGUCAAGUUGGGGCAAUCGGUUAGAGAAGUAGCCAUGCUCGAGAAGCAGUAUUGGAAAUUGCUGAACAUCCCAGCACAGGAUCCAACAGAAGAUGCCAAUUGCUACGUUGUUAAAAUCAUCGAGCUACUCGAAGAGACUCCAACUCAGCUUCCACCAACACGUGGAAUCGGCGCUCUUCUCCAAUCGACGAUCGGAAAACCAGCAGAAUCCAAUGUCGACACUGCACUCUAUGAUUCGUUGAAAGCUCGAAAAUCAGAAGACCUCGUCAAAGAAUGUGAGGCGCUGUACGCCCAACUGUAUCGUCUCACUAAGAAAUAUCUCGGAUUGAGACGUCUAAUCAAGGAGCUAACCGACAAGUACGACUCAUCCCGAAUGUUUCCGAUCGUUCCGCGCUACGCGAUGCUCAAAAAGAUGAUCAAGGCGACGUUGAGAGCGCCAGAGUUCGCUGACAUUUGCCACGAGCAAACCGAAUAA